UAUUGAAAAAGAAAAUUCUGCAGCCAGGUUUUGGUGAAAGACCCCUCCCAGGUCAGGAGGUGACUGUUACUAUCAUGGGGAUUUUGGAAGAUGGAAGUCUGGUUGAGAAAGAUCCCAAGCUAUGCUUUGUUCUGGAUGACGGAGAUGUAAUACAGGCACUAGAACUGGGAGUACGAUCAAUGCAGCUUGGAGAAAUGGCUUUUCUGCUAACAAAUGGCUUAUAUGCCUUUGGUCUUCUGGGAAGGGAUCCAGACAUCCCAUCGGAUGCCUCUCUAAUAUACAACGUGACUUUAAUCAAAGUCAGGGACAAGCCCAGUCUAGGCGUUCUUACCACUUCUGACCGCAUUAGCCUUGCAAACCAGAAACGGGAAUGUGGAAAUUUCCAUUUUGAGCGUGAAGAAUAUCGAAGUGCCAUGCACUCUUAUAGCCAAGCACUAAGCAUCCUCAUUCUACCCACUGCAGAACCCCUGAGCUCAGAGGAAGACGAGGAGAUUCGUGAACAUAGAAUCAAGUGUCUGAAUAACCUGGCAGCUGCCCAACUCAAGCUUCAUCACUAUGAUGACGUCAUUAAUUCCUGCAAUGCAGUCCUAGAGAUGGAUACCGACAAUGCAAAGGCACUUUAUAGGAAAGGCAAGGUGCUAUCGGAGAGAGGACACUAUGAAGAAGCCAUGUCUGUUCUUAAAAGAGCACUUAAAUUGGAGCCAACAACUAAGGCCAUUCAUGCAGAGCUUUCCAAGCUGGUAAGGAGACAAAAAGGACAGCCCGAAAUCACCAAAUCCCCAGUGAGACUUAAACCCAAAGCUCAUCUCAAGCUUAGAGAUGACUUAAAUCCGCUUAAACGUCACAGCACAAAGCAGAGGGUAACCUACAAGAUGCUACUAAUAGGUGCAUUGGCUACAGCAUUACUAGGUCUGCUGGCAGCUUUCAUACUAAAACUUGACAGAUGAAUAUCAACAGUCUUGGACAAUAUUUAAACCUGUGUAUUCCUAACAUUAUAUGCACCUACAGAUAAAUAUGGCAUGGAGUUAUGUCUGGAAUAAACAAAGUGAGAUUUUUUAAGUAGAAAAGUAGCU